AUGUCAUUCUUAGGAUUCGGUGGUGCUCCAGCUCAACCUUCAGAAGCUAAAAUCGCAGCUGCAGAAGCUGAAUUAGAUUUAGUAACAGAUAUGUUUAAUAGAUUAGUUGAUAAUUGUCAUCAAAAAUGUAUUUCCAAAUCAUAUAAUGAAGGUGAUGUUAAUAAAAAUGAAAGUUUAUGUAUUGAUAGAUGUGUUUCUAAAUAUUUUGAAGUUAAUGUUAAAGUUGGUGAAAAUAUGCAAAAAUUAGGUUCAAGUGGUGCUUUUGGUGGUAGAUAA